CGAAAUACUGUAGCCUGUGUCCAAAGUGAAUAAAAAAUAAUCAUGUACCUACUGUAGUUAAUUAAUGUUUUUAUCUUUCGUAAUUUAUAAAGAUCAUCUUAUUGUUAACUAAAUGUAAAUUUUAGAAGAUUUCUAUUUUAAUAUGUCUAUUAGUAACUUAUCAACAGUGUUAAAAUCAUGUUCAGAAAGUGAAUUGAUAAGUGAAGUCUCAGAAUCCAAUAUGACAUCAAAACAGGUGGAAGGAUCCCGACUUAAACGUACCUUUACCUUGCCUCGCAAUCCAUUUGGUACAACAAAACCGAGCUCUAGUAAAAAUAAAAGCAACGAUACCGACAAUAAACCCUCCAGUGCAAAUCCUUUGGCCACAACAAAUAAAGAAGAGGGUGGCUUAGAAAGGAAGUUAUUCAGAAGGCCAUCAUGGAAGAUAUUUUUAAACAAAAUAGCUCAGCAUAUGAGUACUGUAAAUACUACUGUUGUAAAAUCUGGUCAAGUGGUUAACAGUGACAGAGUGCCAUGCAGUGGAGAGCCGCCCUGGCCGCCUGGUACUACUCCUGCAGCUACUGGAAUAAAAAACCAUGGCAAUACUUGUUACAUGAAUGCAGUUCUUCAAUGUCUCUCUCACACAGAUGUCAUAGCAGAAUAUUUUGUACUUGACUUUUAUAAGGUUGAUUUGCAAAAGAGGAAUAAAAUUAACUCAAAGAAGUAUGGUACACGGGGAGAGGUGACUGAGCAAUUAGCAGCGUUGCUUAAGGCAUUGUGGUCUUGUCAUUAUAUACCUGACAUGAGUGUAGCAUUCAAGGCUGCUGUUGAAAGACAUGGUACUCAGUAUCGAGGAAAUAGUCAACAUGAUGCACAAGAAUUUCUCUUUUGGCUCCUUGAUAAAGUUCAUGAAGACUUGAAUACAGCAACCAAGAAAAAAUAUAAGACUAUCAAAAAUACAGUGGGGAAGUCAGACGAGGUAGUGGCAGCGGAAACGUUGGCUAAUCACGCACGUCGCAACAGUUCCUUUGUACAAGCAGUUUUCCAAGCCCAGUACAGGUCUGCAUUGACAUGUGCGAAAUGCGAGCGAACUUCGUGCACCUUCGAUCCGUUUCACUGCGUCAGUGUACAACUUCCGACACGACCCGUCACCGUACAACCUUCACCUCUGCCUGUUAAUGUUGUUUAUGUGAACCAACAACCAAGGCAAGUGCGUAUCGGAGUAGAACUUGCGCCCACCGCUACAAUGGACGAGUUAAGAACUUCGUUACAUGGAGACACCGGUAUUGACAGAGAGCACAUCAUACUGGCUGAGAUUAAUGAGACUGGAUGGUGUAACGCUCGCAGUGGUUGGGAAGUGGCGGGAAUUGACUUCGGAGCCCUUUACUGUAUGGAGGCCCCACCACUCCUGCAAACACCAACUACUCCAUAUCUUCUCAUACUUUGGGUUAAUUUAUUGGAAGGCGAACGAUUUGGUUCCCCAUACGCAAUGCAAGUUCCUCGCGAGAUUUCAUAUGAAGAUCUUCAGAAGCUGAUGUUGAAGGAGAUGUGCCAAGUGGUAGCUGAACGGGUGCUGGAGACGGCCCAAGGCACUGAUAUCUUCAAGGCCAGAAUUGCUGAAGCCCACCGGCCAAGGGACCCGGCGUAUCUGUUGCCCGAGUUGCCACACCCAUUGUUUGCGCUAGACGUGGAACAGGCACUUUGCGCUCACGACAAGUACCCGCAUUUGAGGCUGGAACUACUUUGGGAGCCCGUACAUAGAGACAGUAUAAUACGCGAGUGGGGUGAAGCGUGCGAGGUGCACGUAUCGGCUACGGGCGCGGCCGCUCCGUUAACAUUACACGCCUGUCUUGCUCAUUACACGAGGGCGGAACAUCUCGCCCAGGAAGAUGCUUGGAGGUGUCCUCAAUGUCAAAGAUACAUGCCGGUUGUCAAGACUCUCGGCCUUUGGUCUCUUCCUGAUAUCCUUGUUAUACAUUUGAAAAGAUUUCGACAACAGGCUAAAGGGAGGACCAGCACGAAAUUGACAACAAUGGUAGAGUUUCCCCUUAACGACUUCGAUAUGACCCCACACUUGGUCCGAAGAAAUACAACAGGUGCCGAGUCACCUGGUAACUCUCGAUCGCCAAGACGGAGACACUCCAAGACAAUCCAAAAUCCACAAGACAAUAUUUACGAUCUGUAUGCCAUAUGCUACCACCAUGGAGACGACUUAGAAACGGGACAUUACACGGCAGCUUGCAAGAACCCAUACGACAACCACUGGUACAAGUUUGACGACUCCCGAGUGACGGCCGUGGAUGAUGAAAACGCUUACAGUGAACUCGUCAACAACUCCGCUUACAUGCUCUUCUAUAGGCGGAAGAAAUCGAACGUCAUUCACUCCUGUUCCACAGAUGAUAAGGAGCAUUGGGCGCUGCGUAUGCCCAGGUACAAACCGAUCGAGACGCUGAACGAAGUAUCCGAAAUCGAAAAGAACGAAUCGGACGUAGAAGAGAAGAGCGUAGACACAUCCACGACCAGUUCACCCGCGAAGCAAGUGAUACAGUCGCCGACGCUUCAACGGCCGCUUAUAGUCGAAGUAAACGAUAGCGACUACGAAAACGAACCAACGGAGACGUAUAUACACAAGGACGUGCACGUUAAUCCCAAAAUGACGCCCGUGGAUUCGCGAAGACCAAAAUCGGUGGAUAUCCCAUCUAGGUCCAGUGUGUCCCCGUCGAAUAAUAGAAGCUUCGAAAAUUCCCCCUUAGUCGCGAGUAUAAAUGAGGUGGAAUAUCCAACAACGGAAGACCUUAUGUUGUCUAUGUUUCAAGAGUCAAAAUAUAUUGUACCGAGGCAUCAUAUCAACGGGGAAUCUCAUAGAACAGCAGAAAAGCCAUCUGUAUGGACAACGAGAAUAUCAACGUGAGAGCAGGUGAGCGGAUACCUCUGACAAAUUAGUUUACAUUUGGCCUUAGAUCUGGUAACUUGUAGUUGACAUUGACGCCACAAUUCACUUUAAACCAUAGAUGUAAAAUGGACUAAGAACACUUGAUAAUAAGCGAUUUUUAACUGUAAGGAAAUUUAUCUUUAUUCUGUAAUUGAUAAAGCGUGGCUUUGAUAUUGAGAACACAAGGCAGCUAAGUCGUAUGUCGUAAAAUUCAGUGGUGCUAAUUCUGAUGAAUUCUGAUCUAGAAAAUAAUAGUAAUAAACCAAGAUCACCUAUUCCUUUAACUUCAUAUUCUCUUGUAGUGUUGUAUUUUACUGUAAGAGAUUAACUGUCUCUUAAAGCGUGAUUAGUUUACGCUUUAAGAGUUUGUGAUUGUUCUCUUGAUAGUAUAACAAAAAUUGUAGCAAACGCGAUAUAUUAAUUAUCGUUUUAUAUUAAAGCAUAUACAGAACUAGUAUGAAGAAAACUUGCUUCUAAUAAAUUUAUCCAACUGUUCAGUCUAUUAUUAUAUCUAUGGGGUAACCAAGACAGUCGGCUUGUGCAACAAAAGACGCAGUACGAGGUAUUUCUAAUUAAUAAUCAAGGGUUGCCAAUAGCGAUAAUACUUUUUGACAGCGAGGCAUUACAUGGCAACCCUGCACGACUGAAAUGUGAAAAGUUGUAAACUCAUUACAGAGUACGAGCUUCCUUAAGUCAUUUCAAAUAAGUUGUAUUUAAAAUUUUAUAUCGAGCCUACUGAUAGUGUAUUGCUUAGCUGCAUACACGGUAUUAGAUAACAGUUGUUAUUACAAUUCGUAGUUUUUAUAGAUAAAAGUUUGUCACCUGAUAUAAUAUCUACAGUAACCAAUCAUAGAAUUUGUAGAUUAAAGGAACACUUUUUUUUGGCACCAAAAUUCAUUUUAGACAUUAAAAACUGACAGUGACAUAAAAUAUUUUAAUGACAUAAUCUGAAGGUUCGUUGACUGUCGCUUGAAUGUGAUUUGUCUAACGCUGUUGACCAAUCACAGACGUCAUCUGAUGGUUCGCUUUUUUAUUGAAUCGCCUUGAAAAACUUGGAGGUUUCUAGACCCAGCAAACUUGAAUCAAGACGUCUAUGCGGUGUAUGCAGCCUAUAGAUGUAUAAUAUAAACAGCAUAAACUUGUAAUUACUUUAGGUAAUACUGUGCCUUCGUUCUAGAGAAGUUGUGAUUUUUAAAUAUUUAACACCUCAAUCGAAGAUUAGACAUUGACUAUUUGCAGAAACAGUGUAUAUACCGUGGCCUUUAUAGUUUUGGUAUUGGAGUAUGUAAUUUGUGAUCUUGAAUGGAAUUAGCAUUCUGCACUUGAAUCGGUACAUAGUUUUCUAUGUAAUUUAAUCAUACAAAAGAUUUCUAUUUUUUUUUAAAUAAACCGUGCAUAUCUUUAACAGGCCAUUUAAAAGUCUACAAACUUGGCCCACAAUUUGACUAUAUAACAAUGAAAAUCGUAAUUACUAGUGAUACUUUGUGUCAAAUGCUUUCGAUAUACGCUAUAGUUUUCGUUUACUCGAAACUUCAAACAUCGCUUCGCUGGUUUCGUUCAAGACUACGUUUGUAAGAUUGUUUCAUGGUUUUGUAUGUAUAUACGAAACGCAGGAAAAUGUGUGGAAUGUGAUUUUUUAAUAUAAAUUUUAUUAAAAAUUGAUUUUUAUAAAAGACAUUCUAGUUAAGGGUAAUUUAUUCAUUAAAGUGUUAAUGUCUGCACUGCAGUCUACAUUAAGCUUUAUAGUUGUCAGAGUGUAUUGAAAUUGCGUCUUGGUGCAAUUUACUACACGCUAUGUAAUCGCUAUAAAGCCUAAAGUAAUAUCAGUAUAACUAUAAUACAAUAUAAUUGUCACUUUACCUGAUUGAAGUAGUUGUGAAGGUACUAAACAAAAAGUUCUUUCCUAUUCUACCCUCAAUUGAUAUUUUGUGUCGGUACUGAAAUUUUUCAUACAAAAAUAAAUAUAUAAAUAGUAUUAAAAGUAUAUUACAUUUUAGGAUAAUUAUUACGUAAUGUUUAGUGACAAUCGUAUUGUUAAGACUUAAAUUGUAUAGUAGCCCUGCAGCUUUAUUUAUGUUUUUUUAAACAAUCAAGAAGGCUCUCAAUUUAGCGUUAGUGAUAAACGACCAAUCAAACUCAUAUUUAUUAACUAAUAUACAGCUAUAUACUCGAAAUUAUAGGAUUUUGUAGAAGUUAAAGGUUACCUUGUAAUAAAAAAGUACUGGACAAGAUGUUUGCAAAGUUCGUUUAGAAUAGAGACGAACUCCAACUGAGUCAUCAGUUCCAUAAAUUUAAGCAGACGCUAGCACUACGUAAUUUUUUUGUUGAAAUAAUCCAGCGCCUCUGCGAGAAACUAGUACAUAAAUUGGUGAAUUUCAUGGCCCAAACACCUUGUCUAGUAAAAUUCGAUGGGUUCGCUUUCAUACUACGGAUUAUAAAAUCAAAAACCGUGUACUAAUUUUAUUAGCCACAUAUAGUUAAUAAUAUAUAAUAAAAGAGUUUAAAAUAGUGAAUUUGGGUAUCUAGUAAAUUAUAUUCACCAAAUUGUGUAUGUCGUGGUAUCUGUCAAAUUGACAAUUGACAUGUAUUAAAAUAAAUCCGUUGUGUGUGAGUGAAACGGUACCAUGUAAUAUAAGAUGUGGUCGGUAUAUCUCAAUUGUAUUAAGUUCGUUGUUUUAAUUUAAAAAUGUUUAUUUUUUAUCUUUAUCACGUUAUGUUUAAAUAAAAGUGUUAUGUGCACCA